CUUUGCCUAAGAAACAACCUGACUGAGUACACUUCACCUAUCUCAGUACCAUCGUCACACCUUUCUGAAAGAGAUCACAAGAAACAGACGGACAUAUGGGAUUUGGUGACACCUGACAAACUCAAUCAACACAAGGGAUGGUUCUGUUAUGAAGAUGCAGCCACUCAGAGAGGAAUCAGUGGUCAUUGAGACAUGCCACACCACAGUGCACUAUCUGGGCAAACUCCGAAAGAAGAAAAAGCCUUUGCGCUACAUGCUUAAGGAUGGCAGGUUCCCCGUAGACUUCCAUACAUCUCCCAGGGCCUGGUGUCCAUAUCUCACAGACAUUUUCACCACUUUGGUUGAGUGCCGCUGGAGGGGGAUGUUCCUGAUGUUUUUCUUGUCCUACAUCCUCUCUUGGCUGUUCUUUGGGCUCUGCUAUUGGCUCAUUGCUCAUGUGCAUGGAGAUGUCGACAAAGGAGAUGACGAUUUGUGCGUGUACAAUGUCCGUGGAUUCACUUCUGCGUUUCUGUUCUCAAUGGAGACCCAGGCUACAAUCGGCUACGGCUUUAGAGGCAUGUCCGAAAACUGCAUAGUGGCCAUUAUAGUGGUCACAAUACAGGAUGUGUUCAGCUGCCUCUUGGAUACCAUUAUCAUCGGUAUCAUAAUUGCAAAAAUGGCUUCCGCGCGCAAAAGAGCUCAGACUGUAGGUUUCAGCAGCUGUGCAGUGGUAAACUUAAGGAAUGGGGAGCUUUGUCUCUCAUGGCGGCUAGGAGACUUCAGAGGAAAUCACAUAGUGGAUGGAAUUGUUAAAGCACAAUUAGUUCGGCACGUUAGACAACCAAUGGCAGGGUCAUUGAGAAUGGUCUACCAGAACGUUGAGGUAGAGGAACGUGAGGUUGUCCUGGCUACUCCAGCAACUAUCAUUCAUAAAAUUGAUCAUAAUAGUCCACUUUAUACUUUGAGUCCAGAUGAACUCCAGGAGGAAGCGUUUGAAAUAGUGGUUUGCUUCACUUACACAGGUGAUUCCACUGGUAUGCUCCAUCAAACAAGGACGUCCUACACGCCUUUAGAUAUCCGCUGGGGGCAGAGGUUCCAGGAAAUGCUCAAACUAGGAAAAAAACAUUACAAAGUGGACUAUGCACGGUUCAAUGAGACGACAUGGGUCCCAGUGCCCAUGAUCAGUGCAGAGGACUAUGACAGAGGAAGGCCUUCUCUAAACAACCAAUCACAGCAUCAGCAAUUUAAAGCAAUGACAUGUUCAACCACUCCUGAUGUUAUUGAAGUUAUACAGCAGACCUUUUUAUAG